GAAAUCUUCUCUAUGUCUACCCACAGAGGCUGAACUUUGCUAACAAACUAGCAUCUGCCCGGAACAUUACAAUAAAGAUCCAGUUUAUGUGUGGAGAAGAUGCUAGCAGCGCCAUGCCGGUUAUCUUUGGAAAGUCCAAUGGGCCUGAAUUUCUGCAGGAAGUGUACACAGCCAUUACAUACCAUAACAAGUCUCCUGACUUUUAUGAAGAAGUGAAAAUUAAGCUCCCUGCUAAGCUCACAGUAAAUCACCACCUCCUGUUCACCUUCUACCAUAUCAGCUGCCAGCAGAAGCAAGGAGCCUCUGUAGAAAGCCUCCUGGGAUAUUCAUGGCUGCCAAUUCUCUUAAAUGAACGUCUUCAAACUGGAUCCUACUGUCUCCCAGUUGCCUUGGAAAAACUGCCACCCAACUACUCCAUGCAUUCUGCUGAGAAAGUUCCUUUACAGAAUCCUCCCAUUAAGUGGGCUGAAGGACAUAAGGGAGUAUUUAAUAUUGAAGUGCAAGCUGUUUCUUCCGUUCACACCCAGGACAACCACCUGGAGAAGUUCUUCACCCUCUGCCACUCCCUGGAGAACCAGGUGACCUUCCCCAUCCGUGUGCUGGACCAGAAGAUCAGUGAGACGGCGCUGGAGCAUGAGCUGAAACUCAGCAUCAUCUGCCUGAACUCCUCCCGCCUGGAGCCCCUGGUGCUUUUCCUGCACCUGGUGCUGGACAAGCUCUUCCAGCUGUCCGUGCAGCCCAUGGUCAUUGCUGGCCAGACAGCCAACUUCUCCCAGUUUGCGUUCGAGUCCGUGGUGGCCAUCGCCAACAGCCUGCACAACAGCAAAGACCUGAGCAAGGACCAGCAUGGCAGGAACUGCCUUCUGGCCUCCUAUGUGCACUACGUCUUCCGCCUGCCGGAGCCGCAAAGGGACCUGCCCAAGUCAGGCACUACCCCCGCCCUCCCCGACCCUCGCUACCACACGUACGGACGCACGUCUGCUGCUGCUGUGAGCACGAAGCUGAUGCAGGCCCGCGUGAUGAGCAGCAGUAACCCAGACCUGGCGGGGACCCACUCUGCAGCAGACGAGGAGGUGACGAACAUCAUGUCCUCCAAGAUGGCUGAUCGCAACUGUGUCCGGAUGUCUUACUAUUGCUCAGGCAAUAAUGAUACUCCAAAUUCUACUGCAGCCCCAAGGCCAGCCAGCAAAAAGCAUUUCCACGAGGAGCUUUCCCUGCAGAUGGUGGUCAGCACUGGGAUGGUGAGAGAAACGGUCUUCAAGUACGCCUGGUUCUUCUUUGAGCUUCUGGUGAAGAGCAUGGCCCAGUAUGUACAUAACAUGGACAAACGGGACAGUUUUCGGAGGACUCGUUUUUCAGAUCGUUUCAAAGAUGACAUAACUACUAUUGUUAAUGUGGUCACCUCAGAGAUCGCAGCCCUUUUAGUAAAACCUCAAAAGGAAAAUGAACAGGCAGAAAAGAUCAACAUCAGCCUGGCUUUCUUCUUGUAUGAUCUUCUCUCACUCAUGGAUCGUGGCUUUGUGUUCAACCUCAUCAAGCAUUAUUGCAACCAGCUGUCAGCCAAGCUCAAUAACCUUCCAACGCUCAUUUCCAUGAGGCUAGAGUUCCUGAGAAUCCUGUGCAGCCAUGAACAUUACCUCAAUCUGAACCUCUUCUUUAUGAAUGCUGAUACUGCCCCGACAUCUCCUUGUCCCUCCAUAUCUUCCCAGAACUCAAGCUCCUGCUCCAGUUUCCAGGACCAGAAGAUCGCCAGCAUGUUUGAUCUGACCCCAGAGUACCGGCAGCAGCACUUUCUCACUGGGCUCCUCUUCACGGAACUGGCCGCUGCCCUGGAUGCCGAGGGGGAAGGAAUCAGCAAAGUGCAAAGGAAAGCUGUCAGUGCCAUCCACAGCCUGCUAAGUUCUCAUGACCUGGACCCACGUUGUGUCAAACCAGAGGUGAAAGUCAAAAUCGCUGCCCUUUACCUGCCUUUGGUUGGCAUCAUUUUGGAUGCUUUGCCACAGCUGUAUGACUUUACAGCUGCAGAAGCCCGCAAUGGGAAAAGCCGCACCAGCGGCUCGGAUGAAGAACAGGACGGGGCCAGUGCAAUUAACCAGAGUGUGGCCCUGGCCAUAGCUGGGAACCAUUUUAAUUUGAAGACAGGUGGAACAAUGCUAUCUUCCUUGCCCUACAAGCAGUAUAACAUGCUGAACGCCGACACCACCCGCAACCUCAUGAUCUGCUUCCUCUGGAUCAUGAAAAAUGCUGAUCAGAGCCUCAUUAGGAAGUGGAUUGCCGACUUGCCAUCGAUGCAACUGAACAGGAUUUUAGAUCUGCUUUUCAUCUGUGUCUCAUGUUUUGAAUACAAGGGCAAACAGAGCUCUGACAAAGUCAGCACCCAAGUUCUGCAGAAGUCUAGGGAUGUCAAGGCCAAGCUAGAAGAAGCUUUGCUCCGUGGGGAAGGGGCCAGAGGGGAGAUGAUGCGCCGCUGCCGGACUCCAGGGAAUGACCGAUUUCCAGGCCUAAAUGAAAAUUUGAGAUGGAAGAAAGAGCAGACACAUUGGCGGCAAGCUAAUGAGAAGCUAGAUAAAACAAAGGCCGAGUUAGACCAAGAAGCCUUGAUCAGUGGCAAUCUGGCUACAGAAGCAAAUUUAAUCAUCCUUGACAUGCAGGAAAACAUUAUCCAGGCGAGCUCGGCUCUGGACUGUAAAGACAGCCUGCUGGGAGGUGUUCUGAGGGUGUUGGUGAAUUCUCUGAGCUGUGACCAGAGUACCACCUACCUGACUCACUGCUUUGCCACACUCCGGGCUCUCAUUGCCAAGUUCGGAGACUUGCUGUUCGAGGAGGAGGUGGAACAAUGCGCAGACCUGUGUCAGCGAGUGCUGCACCACUGCAGCAGCAGCAUGGACAUCACUCGGAGCCAAGCCUGUGCCACCCUCUACCUCCUCAUGAGGUUCAGUUUUGGCGCCACCAGUAACUUUGCAAGAGUAAAGAUGCAAGUAACCAUGUCUCUGGCAUCUUUGGUGGGCAAAGCACCAGACUUUAAUGAGGAGUACCUGAGAAGAUCCUUGAGGACGAUUUUGGCUUAUUCAGAAGAGGACACGGCCAUGCAAUCAACUCCUUUUCCCACUCAGUGCUCUGAGAGGUACUGCAAGAGUAAAGAUGCAAGUAACCAUGUCUCUGGCAUCUUUGUUGUCCUUGAAACUAUUUCUCCAUCUGUCUUCAGAAUUGCCAAGAGUUACCAGACAUCUCCUGAUCUGCGCCUGACCUGGCUCCAGAACAUGGCGGAGAAACACACCAAGAGGAAGUGCUACACAGAGGCCGCCAUGUGCCUGGUGCAUGCAGCCGCAUUAGUGGCCGAGUACCUGAGCAUGCUGGAGGACCACAGCUACCUGCCAGUGGGCAGCGUCAGCUUUCAGAAUAUUUCUUCCAACGUGCUGGAGGAGUCUGCGGUCUCUGACGACACCCUGUCUCCUGACGAAGACGGGGUGUGCUCGGGCCGGUACUUCACGGAGAGCGGGCUGGUGGGCCUGCUGGAGCAGGCGGCGGAGCUCUUCUGCACGGGAGGAUUGUAUGAGACAGUUAACGAGGUUUACAAGCUGGUCAUCCCCAUCCUUGAAGCGCAUCGAGACUUCCGGAAGCUGACCUCCACUCACGACAAGCUGCAGAAGGCCUUUGACAGCAUCAUUAACAAGGAUCAUAAGAGAAUGUUUGGAACCUACUUCCGAGUUGGUUUCUAUGGAUCCAAAUUUGGUGAUUUGGAUGAGCAGGAAUUUGUUUACAAAGAACCUGCAAUUACCAAACUUCCCGAGAUCUCGCAUAGACUAGAGGGAUUUUAUGGUCAGUGUUUUGGUGCGGAAUUUGUGGAAGUGAUAAAAGACUCCACUCCUGUGGACAAAACCAAGUUGGAUCCUAACAAGGUCUACAUACAGAUCACUUUUGUGGAGCCCUACUUUGAUGAGUAUGAGAUGAAAGACAGGGUAACCCACUUUGAGAAGAAUUUCAACCUGCGGAGGUUCAUGUACACCACGCCCUUCACGCUGGAGGGGCGGCCGCGGGGCGAGCUGCACGAGCAGUACCGGAGGAACACGGUGCUGACCACCAUGCACGCCUUCCCCUACAUCAAGACCAGGAUCAGCGUCAUCCAGAAGGAGGAGUUUGUUUUGACACCAAUUGAAGUUGCCAUUGAAGACAUGAAGAAGAAGACACUGCAAUUAGCCGUUGCCAUUAACCAGGAGCCCCCUGAUGCAAAGAUGCUUCAAAUGGUUCUGCAGGGCUCUGUAGGAGCCACUGUAAACCAGGGACCACUGGAAGUAGCCCAAGUGUUCUUGGCUGAAAUUCCAGCUGACCCAAAACUCUAUCGACAUCACAACAAAUUGAGGUUAUGCUUUAAGGAAUUCAUAAUGAGAUGUGGUGAGGCUGUAGAAAAAAAUAAGCGUCUCAUCACCGCAGACCAGAGGGAGUAUCAGCAGGAACUCAAAAAGAACUAUAACAAGUUGAAGGAGAACCUCAGGCCAAUGAUUGAACGGAAAAUUCCAGAACUCUACAAGCCGAUAUUCAGAGUCGAGAGUCAAAAGAGGGACUCCUUCCACAGAUCUAGUUUCAGGAAAUGUGAAACCCAGUUGUCACAGGGCAGCUAAGAAAAACUGUCUUCACUCAUAGAGACAGAGGCCCUGCGACCCUGGAGAAGGACUCUAUGGUACUUGAAACAGGGCAUUUGCCAUGCAGGACCCACAGCAGUCUCCCCUGACCAGCCAGCACUCUGGAAGCUUUGGGAUUA